AUGCGACCCGACAAAACCAUCCAUCACAUCACCCAUCGACUGCCCGACUGCUCGAACACCUCGACGGCUGGUUCCAACCCAGCGCGCAUCUGCAUCAUGGGCGGUAACACCAGCAAAGUCACCGCCCAAGACAAGGCGAUUCUGGACAUGAAGAACCAGCGGGACAAGCUGCACCAGUACCAGCGGCGCAUCACCGCCCUCACCGACAAGGAGACGCAUGUGGCGAGGCAGAUGCUCGCCACGGGCGACAAGAAGGGAGCGCUCCUGGCCCUGCGGCGGAAAAAAUACCAAGAGACGCUGCUGGCCAAGGCGGACGCGCAACUCGAGCAGUUGGAGAAGCUGACGUCCAACGUGGAAUUCGCGCUGAUACAAAAGGAUGUCGUCUUUGGGCUGCAGCAGGGCACCAAGGUGCUCAAAGAGAUACAUGCUCAGAUGGGAGGCUUGGAGAAUGUCGAGAAGCUCAUGGGGGAGACGGCGGAUGCGAUUGCAUAUCAACAGGAAGUCAGUGACAUGUUGGGGGGACAAAUGUCGAACCAGGACGAGGAGGAGGUGGAAGACGAGCUGGCUGCUCUGCAGGCAGAGAUAUCCGGGGAGAGACGGAGCCUGCCUUCUGUUCCAAACGCGCAGCUACCUCCACCGCAAAGGAUAGGGGAAGAGCCCGAGGGCCACGAGAGGUCAGAGCCGGAGCCAGUGUUGGCUGCCUAA